AUGCAGGGAAUCCAAUAUCGAAACAAAGUUGUGCUUGUUGGAACAACGCAUACAGGAAAGACAUCAAUUGUUCAAAGAUACGUAAAUGGACAAUUCAUGAUUAAUUCUGUUUCUUCAAUGCAAGCAGCAUUUUUCCAAAAGAAUGUCAUGAUCGGCGGCAAGGAGCAAACUCUUGAAAUUUGGGAUACAGCCGGACAGGAGCGUUUCCGUUCUUUAACUCCAAUGUAUUAUCGCGAUGCAAGAGUAGCAAUCGUCGUUUUUGAUAUAACUGAUGCGAAUAGCUUUUCGAAGGCAAAACAAUGGAUAAAUGAACUCAAGUCUUCAAGAGGAGACUCAAUAUCCCUUGUACUUGUCGGAAAUAAAUCCGACCUCGAAUUUAUUAGAGUUGUACAAAUGUCAGAAGCAAAACAAUAUGCAAAAUUACUCGAUAUUCCAUAUUUCGAAACAAGCGCGAAGACCGGAGUUAAUAUUGAAGAAGUUUUCAUACAAGUCGCUCAGGAUGUUACAGCUAAUUCAACAUUUGAAAGCGCUUAUGGUCCAAAUAUAGCUCAGACUCAAAAUCAGGAAUCAUCAUGCUGUUAA